AUGUUGAUUCCUUCACCAUUCAUUAGAGCAGAUGCAAAGCUCAACACACCGAUGUACUUCUUCCUUAGCAACCUGGCUUUCGUCGAUUUCUGUUACUCUUCUGUCAUUACACCCAAAAUGCUUGGGAAUUUUUUGUAUAUGCAAAAUUCUAUAACCUUCAAUGCAUGUGCUACUCAGUUGGCCUUCUUUCUUACCUUCAUGGUAUCAGAGUGCCUGCUACUGGCUUCCAUGGCCUAUGAUCGAUACGUGGCCAUUUGUAACCCUCUGUUGUAUAUGGUCAAAAUGUCCCCAGCAAUCUGCAUUCAACUUGUAGUUGUCCCCUAUAGCUAUAGCUUCCUGAUGGCACUAUUUCAUACUACCCUCACCUUCCGCCUCUGCUAUUGUGGCCCCAGUGUCAUCAAUCACUUCUAUUGUGAUGACAUGCCUCUCCUCAGGUUAACUUGCUCAGACGUUCACUCCAAACAGCUAUGGAUCUUUGCCUGUGCAGGCAUCACAUUCAUUUCCUCUGUUCUGAUUGUCUUUAUCUCCUACAUGUUCAUUAUUUCUGCCAUCCUGAGGAUGCACUCAGCUGAGGGAAGACAGAAAGCCUUCUCCACGUGUAGCUCCCACAUGCUGGCGGUCACCAUAUUCUACGGGACCCUGAUUUUUAUGUACCUACAACCCAGCUCUAACCACUCUCUUGACACGGACAAGAUGGCUUCUGUCUUCUACACGGUGAUCAUUCCCAUGCUGAACCCCUUAAUCUAUAGCCUCCGGAACAAGGAUGUGAAAGAAGCUCUGAAGAAAGUCAUCAUUAAUAGAAACCAGGCUUUCUUGUUCAUAAAAUUAAGAAAACGACUUUAA